AUGGCAGAAUCGGAAAUAGUGGAUGCGGACCUUACAAUUGAUGAUUUACUUCCUAAAAGUCCAGAAAGUCUGGCUGAGGAGAAGAAAGAGAGUGGCAACCACUUGUACAAAUUUAAAAAUUACAAGGGUGCUCUUGUUAUGUACAAUGAAGCCAUCCAGCUAUGCCCGGAGAAUGCCUCAUACUAUGGCAACAGAUCUGCUUGCUACAUGAUGCUGGGCAUGUACAAAAAGGCCCUGGAGGAUGCUCAGAAAUCUGUUGUGCUGGAUCCAACUUUCACCAAGGGAUACAUCAGAAUUUCAAAAUGCUGCAUAGCUCUUGGAGACAUCUCUGGCGGAGAGCAAGCUGUACGCAGCGCGACAGAGCUGGGCGGUGCCGACUGCGCAACGAGUGAGCGCCGCGCACUGGAGUCUCUGCGUAGGCUGCAUGAGGAUGCCCAGCGUGCCAUGGAGGCUCAGGACUACCGCCGUGCUGUGUUCUGCAUGGACCGCUGCCUCGACUACAGUCCAUCCAGCUCCAAGGCCAAAUUGACCAAAGCAGAAUGCUUGGCUAUGAUUGGACGCUGCCAAGAAGCACAAGAAAUUGCUAAUGACAUGAUCAGACAAGACAGUUUGGACGCAGAGGCCAUAUUUGUGCGGGGCCUCUGUCUUUAUUUUGAGGACAAGGAUGACCAGGCAUUUAAGCAUUUCCAACAAGUGUUGCGUCUUGCUCCAGAUCACAAGAAAGCAAUAGAAACUUAUAAGAAAGCUAAACUUCUCAAGCAAAAGAAGGAGGAAGGAAAUGAGGCAUUCAAGAUGGGCCGCUGGCAGCAAGCCCUCACCCUGUACAACGAAGCCCUCACCAUCGACAAAAACAACAGAGCUGUCAUUGCCAAGCUCUACUUCAACAAGGCCACAGUAUGCGCCAAACUCAACCAAAUCAAGGAAGCCGCUGAGGCCUGCACUGCUGCUCUUGAAUUAGAUGAAAACUAUGUCAAAGCCCUUCUCCGCCGAGCCAAGUGCUACUCAGAACUGGGAGAUUACGAGGAGGCAGUCAAGGACUAUGAGAGACUAUACAAAAUAGAUAAAAGUAAAGAAAACAAAAUAUUACUCCAAGAGGCCAAACUUGCUCUUAAGAAGUCCAAACGCAAAGACUAUUAUAAAAUACUUGGGGUUGAGAAAUGUGCAUCAGAAGAUGAUAUUAAGAAGGCUUACAGGAAGCGCGCCCUCGUGCACCACCCGGACCGGCACGCGGGCGCGCCGGACGGCGAGCGGCGCGAGCAGGAGCGCCGCUUCAAGGAGGUGGGCGAGGCCUACGGCGUGCUCAGCGACCCCAAGAAACGCGCGCGCUACGACCACGGACACGACAUGGACGACGACAGCGGCGGCAUGGCCGAUAUUGACCCGAACGUAGUGUUCCAGACUUUCUUCAACCGCGGAGGUCAACACUUUGAUUUCCAGUCGGGAGGAGGCUUCCCUGGAUCCGCAUUUAGCUUCCAGUUCGGUUAAUUCGUAGGGAAACUAACGAAACAAUGUCCCAGAUAGAUACACAAAAUUACUAAUUCAAUACAUUGCCAUUCCAAAUUAUAUGAAUCAAAAUAGUGCACUUUAUUUUAUCAUGUAGCGCGUUACCCACGUUUCUACUGAUUGUUUUAUACCUACUCGUAAUUUAGCACUAAUAAAACAUUUACAAUGUCAAAUUAUGCUGUGUUGGAUAUAAUGAUUAAUGACUUUGAUAUUUUAGUACCUGCAAUAUUUUGAAAUGACGAAUCAUCCCUUAAAUAUAUGGGAUGCAUUAACGCCUUUAAUAACAAGAUGGUUAAUGGCAAAUUAAUAUUAAUCGCAUAAUUAAUUAAUAUAGAUAGAGAUAGAGUUAGACCAAGAUAAGUCUGCAACGAUUUUGAUAGCACACGCGGUGCAAGUGUUAUUUUAAACGUCAAACUUCUGUGAAAUUAUGACGUAUAAAUAACACUUGCACUGCGUAUGCUAUCAGAAUCGUUCCAGACUUUUCUUGGUUUAACUCUAGUAAUGUUAUCGACUGAUUUGGUUAAGUAACUUUUUUCAUUCUUCAUAUGAAGCAGUAACUGUUUAGAAAGUAAUAAUGGUUUGCUUUUCUUUGAUAGUUAUUGGAACCCUUUUGAUGUGUAUAUAGUGUAGCGCUGUUACUAGAUCAGAAAUAGAAAUGUACCUUGCAUUUUUUAAAUAAAGUCAUGUGUAAUUUCUCUCACUCUAUUCUCAUUUUAUAUUACAUUGUUAAAAUGACCAGUAAUAUAUGAUCAUUGUCAAGAGGGCGCUGUUCAUUCUCAUGUAUAGGGUGACAGUUCAGUAUAGUAUGAAAAACAUGGAGACUAUAUAAAGGAGCCAAAUCUCUAUGUAUGAAAAGUGUCCAUCAAAAAACAGUAAUUAGGCGGCGCCACCAUACACCGAAAUACUACCAAAAACAACCUACGUAAUUUGGUCGGGUUAUUUAUUGCCUUAUGUCCCAGAGCCUAACUAGCGCCACCGGAGAGAUUAGGAACUAUUAUUUAAAGCUAAAAGCGAUCACUUUUGCAACAAUUCUGCCUUAAGAGAUUGGCAUCCUUUCUAUACCAUCCAUAAUGAAAAAAAAUAGUUCCAGUUAUGGAUGGUAUAGAAAGGAUGCCAAUCUCUUAUGGCAGAAUUGUUGCAAGUGACCGCUUUCAGCUUUAAAUAAUAGUUCCUAAUCUCUCCGGUAGCGCUAGUUAGGCUCUGGAACAUGAGUAUAACAUGAACCAUAUAAGGCAACAAAUAACCCGACCAAAUUACGUAGGUUGUUUUUGGUAGUAUUUCGGUGUAUGGUGGCGCCGCCUAAUUACAGUUUUUUGAUGGACACUUUUCAUACAUAGAGAUUUGGCUCCUUUAUAUAGUCUCCAUGGUUCCAGUGAAAUUCCGCAACAUAGGGCGUGAUCAUAUAUUCGGUCAGGCUUUAUAUGUAUUUAUAUGUGACAACAAUACAAACUUUCAUGAAAUGGGGGGCCUCAUAUAAAAAUUACAACUAUAUAAUUAGGCGAAAAAUCUGUAUAGUGAUAGCAAGUGAUAGAUUUAUUUUAUUGAAAGUGUUCGUCUAACAUUAAAUAAGAAAAUGAUGUAUAAGCAUCAAAUAAAUAGUGACGGUCAAAUAAUUAUAUCGAUUCACAUAUCUUUAUUUGUGUGAUAACAAAGGUGUGUUACGAUAUACACGGUGGCUAAAAAAUAAGUGCAUUCCCGUUGCCAGGGACGUUUUGAGAUUAUACUGAGCAACUUUUACGAUGGAACCAACCCCGAUAUCUCGAAUAUUUUUUUAGCUGUUUCAUACAUUUUGGCUGGUCCAUUUUCUAGGCGAGGGUAAUUUUUAUUAGCGAUUUUCCCAUAGUAAGAGUUGCUCAGUAUAAUCCCUAAACCUCCCUGGCAACGGGAAUACACUUAUUUUUUAGCCACCCUGUAUUUGGCCACUUUGGCCGUCACUAUAUAUUUGAAGCUGAUUGUACUGUGCAGCACAUCUGGCACGUUUUACCAAGACUCGCGGGACCACAUGUGUCAACUUGUCAAGUCGCGCGAUUUACGACAACAUACGCUAGACGUGCUGGAAUAAUAUGAAUUUACGACAUCGAGCAUUGGGAGCUUUCAGCUAAGAUUAACACUAAGGCGGCGCAUGUUAUAUGGGAUUGUUUCAAAUAAUUACAAGUACCUACAGUACAAAAUAACGCUUUUAUAACUUGGUUGGUGUCAUAAUUUACUAUCUGAAACUACUUGUUCGGUUUUUAUAUUGUUAAAUCAGCAACAAACUGGUCACAAAUACAGUCCUUUGACCUUGCUGACUGUACUUCGCUUAAGCGAAACAAUUAACAUCUAUGCUGUUGUUGCCGAAUAUAAGAAUGCCAACUGAUAAUUGUACUUUAUUUUAUUAUCGGUACGGUUUAGAAAUAAAGUUUUACGCCAAAUGUGGGUUGUA